AAACAUUAGGGACGACCCGCUGACCAAUCCGCUCUCUCUCCUCAUCGUUUUCCUCCUCCUCUCCCUACCAGGAAAGAUCCCAUAGCCAGAGAUUCCUGGGAGCAGGUUUUUGUGAUGGUCAGAGAAAGGAUUAAGAGGACUGGGGAUGCUGCUAAUGCAGAAGCAUCAAAACAAUCACGAUCGGAGACAAAAACUCCAAAAGCGUUGAAGCCUGAAACCAAAAUUGUAAAGAAAACACCUAAUCAGAGUAGCGAAAGAAAUCCUCACAAGGCCAAAAAUGUAGAUAAAAACCAAGAAAAGAAUAAAAAGGAAAGGGAUUAUAACCAGGUAGAGGACCAAGAGAAAAUUGAUGGGAUGAUAUUCAUGUGCAAUGCUAAGACCAAAUCAGAUUGUUUCAGCUACAUGGUCAUGGGUCUUCCACACGGCAAGAGAGAUACUGUGGUUAAGAUCAAGCCUGGUUUCAAGCUCUUCCUCUAUGAUUUUGAUGCGAAGCUUUUAUAUGGGAUUUAUGAAGCAACAUCAGCAGGAGGAGUAAAACUUGAGCCAGCUGCCUUUGGUGGGUCCUAUCCUGCACAGGUUCGUUUCAAGGUUCACAUGGAAUGUGUGCCUAUUUCAGAGGCAACCUUCAAGAAGGCAAUCAUGGGCAAUUCUGGUGGCGAUAAGAUUAAGUUUGACUCAGAACUCACCACCAAGCAAGUGAAAAAACUUACCAGCUUAUUUCAACCUUCUCAUAUUAAUUCUCAAUCAGUUCCUGCUCCUCUCAUUCCACUGAGACCUUUAAUACCAACAGCAGAAGCACCGCCACAUUCAGAUAUAUUAGCAAGAGGUCAAAUAGAAACACUUGAUCCUCUUUGUUUCACUGUGGAAGAGUAUAGGAUGUUUGGCCUUCGAAGACCUAUAAUAAUAGCACCAACAUCAAUGCCAAUUCCAGCUGAGGUUUCAGAUCAUUCCCAGGCAAAUAGGGAUACUUAUGAUCGAUACGCUCCUCUUACGAAAGCUCCAUAUCUAAGCAAAUUGGAUGAAAGUGAGUAUAAAAGGCCAGUAGCUGAAGAAGCCGCAACUCAACCAAAUUACUAUCAUAGUUACUCAUAUGGUGAACUAAGGAAUGAGGCUGAGGCCAGUAAAUUGCAUUCAACACACGCAGCAAAUGCGCUUUCGGAAUACAACAGGAGUCAUCAGCAAUCUCAUGAAAGAGGAGAUUAUGGAUCUUUGUCAGUUUCAUCCCGGUACUCUUUUGGUGGUCCUUCAUUCUGGUAUCGAUGAAAGUUGAUGUUUUGAUGUUAGAUCUUGUUUUUUAUAUGGUGCACUUGUUGUAUUAGAUUAGACCGGUUUAUGCCAAGCAUCUCCUAAUGGUUACCCUUGAAAUUUCUUAAUUAUUAUGUUUUGGGCUUGUAUCAAGAGUGAAUUUUAAUGUGUCAA